CUCUCUCUCUCUCUCACUUGUCUUUCUGGGAAAUUUCUCUUUUAAGUGGCGAGAAAUAUUACGAAAUUAAGGUAGAGAAAAAGGGAAACAAAUUUCUCGCUCCACAGAGAGAGAGAGAGAGAGAAGCGUAUAUAUAAUUUAAUAUUUUAUUUGUAGGUUUUUCUUUUUGAGCUUUGAAGCUGCAGGUUUUUGGAGUAUUGUGUCGGGUGUGUCUGAUUUGAAAUUGUUUUUUUUUUCUUUUAUUUAUUUUUUAAUGGGAAGGGGUCAAUUUCUUUAAUGGUAAGAAAUUGUAUGAAUAUUUUUUUUUCCUAAAUGAGAGUGAGAUCAGAGGAGGCUAGGAUCUCUUGGGUCACCCUUAUAUACGUCGUUUGGAGGCUUUGCUGUCCAUACAAUUGCAAAACUCUGUGUUGAUAGAAAACAAAGAGAACUCUUGUCUAGUCAGAUCACGGAAAGCACUCGAAUAAUUCUAAUGGAGGUCAACAUGAGCUUUUCACAUGACAUGGAUGAUGAAUAUGAGAAACUCAUCAGAAGAAUGAAUCCCCCAAGGGUUGUUAUUGAUAAUGAUGCCUGCAAGAAUGCUACUGUGAUCAGGGUGGAUAGUGCAAACAAACAUGGAAUUCUUCUGGAAGUUGUACAGAUCCUUACAGAUCUUAACCUCAUCAUUCUCAAAGCGUACAUAUCUUCGGAUGGUGGCUGGUUCAUGGAUGUUUUUAACGUUACUGACCAAGAUGGAAACAAGGUCACAGAUGAAGGAGUUCUAGACUAUAUUCGAAAAAAUUUAGGCCCAGAAUCUUGCUUUUCAUCUUGCUUGAGAUCCGUUGGGGUUAAACCAUCAAUGGACCACACUGCAAUUGAGUUGACGGGCUGUGACAGACCAGGACUGCUCUCAGAAGUGAGUGCUGUCCUCACCCACCUUAAAUGCAAUGUAGUAAAUGCAGAGGUCUGGACGCACAACAGAAGAGCAGCCGCUGUGAUGCAAGUGACCGAUGAGAAAACUGGGGCUGCAAUUACAGACCCAGAAAGGUUGGCUGGGAUGAAGCAACUACUCUGCAAUGUGCUGAAGGGAAGCAACAAAUCUAGGGGAGCCAAGACUGUUGUUUCUCACGGGGCUACUCACACUGGGAGGAGGCUUCACCAGAUGAUGUUUGCAGAUAGGGAUUAUGAACGAGCUGAUGAUGAUGUCUCAGAUGAGAAGCAGAGGCCUAAUGUGAGUGUUGUUAAUUGGUAUGAUAAAGACUAUUCUGUUGUUACUAUUAGAAGUAAGGAUAGGCCGAAGCUUCUCUUCGAUACAGUAUGCACCUUGACAGAUAUGCAGUAUGUAGUUUUCCAUGCAAACAUUGAUGCUGAGGGGCCAGAAGCUUAUCAGGAAUACUAUAUUAGGCACAUAGAUGGAUCCCCUGUAAAAUCAGAUGCAGAAAGGCAAAGAGUGAUACAAUGUCUCGAAGCAGCGAUUGAAAGGAGAGUAUCUGAGGGUUUGAAGCUUGAACUCUGCACAACAGACAGAAUCGGUUUGCUAUCGGAUGUGACUCGCAUCUUUAGAGAAAACAGCCUCACUGUCACAAGAGCAGAAGUGACAACCAAAGCAGGAAAAGCUGUAAAUACAUUCUAUGUAAGUGGCGCCUCUGGUUGUCCUGUUGAUACGAAGACCAUAGAGUCCAUCAGACAAGCAAUUGGUAAGACAAUACUGAAAGUGAAAGGCAGCCCUGAAGAGUUGAAACCAGGUUCCCACGAAUCCCCAACCAGAUUUCUCUUUGGUGGACUAUUCAAGUCAAGAUCUUUUGUCAACUUUGGUUUGGUCAGGUCCUAUUCUUGAAUGAGUUUCAGGUCAAUCCCCUUCUGUUGUACAUUAGUAUGAUGCCGGAUGGGAAGUAAAAAAUUUAGCAACCGUAGCCAUUUCCGUAGAAGGUAGAGGAAACCAUAGGGAGAAUCCCAGAACACCUGUAUAUCCCACCUUACUUGCCAUUCUCUUAACUUCUAUAUUUUCUUAAUCCAAUAGCAAAGUUGGAGCCGGGAAAGGAGAAGCAUCCAUAGUUUUUAUGUAGUGAUUGAACUAUUAGCCUUUUAUAACUCUUGUAUAUAAUCAGGCUUUGUGUUGAUUUAUUAUUGGGGUAUCUUGUUUAUUGCUCUCCUCUUGUUGCUACUGUUCUAAAAGUUCAAUAUUCUGCUAAA